AUGAGUACUGUGACCCUCCCUGACGACGUAAUCGAACAAGUUCUGUUGAGAUCGGUGGUGAAAUUGGUGUUGCGUUUCAAAUGUGUGUGUAAGUCUUGGUGCUCUUACAUUUCUGAUUCUCAUUUUGCUAAAUUUCAUUUCGAUUUUGGUACCGCACCCACCCACAGACUCUUACGUCUCAACUAUGAAAAUUAUACUGCUAUUUCCCUGGACACAGAGGCACCAUUUUUUGAUGAUGCUCGAAAACUUGUUUACAAGAUUCCAGGGUUAUCAAAUCCUUCCCAUUAUCGAAGAAAGGUACACAUUUUGGGUUCAUGUAGGGGGUUUAUACUCUUACAAACAAACUUUUCCAGAAAUUCUAUUCUUUUCAUGAUAUGGAAUCCCACGACAGGUCUCCGAAAACAAAUUUCCUAUGAUAAUUCGUUGCGUUAUUCACUUGGAUUAGUUCUUUGUGGCGUUGUGUAUGCCUCAUCAGAGGAUGACUAUGUGGUGGUGGCUGUAAUAGUUUUACAACAACGCAUCGUCAUCAAUUGUUUCUCCUUGAGAACCAAUUCAUGGAGUGUGUACGAGGAUGCUCUUCCGGAUAAUUAUCUCUUAAGUUAUACAUACUUUGGGUGCAUGUCAGUGUUGUUGAACGAGGUUGUUCAUUGGUUGGUUAUAUCUGGAAACGGUAAUCGUUACGCAAUUGUGGCAUUUGACAUAAAGGACAAGAAAAUAUCAUAUAUUCCAUUGUCUCAUGAUUUGGUUGUUCAAAUCAAACGUUUUGCAUUUCCUUUUCUAUUUCCUUUGAGGGUGUUUGAUGGAUGUUUGAGCGUGUCUUUCCAGAGUCACGACAAGAUUGAAAUUUGGAGCAUGAAAGAAUACAAAGUGCAGUCUUCUUGGACCAAGACAUUUGUUUUGUCAACUCGUCCUGGUGUAUUUUACCCAAUAUUUUCCACUCAAAAUGGUCAUGUCUUGGGAUGGAAUCGUGAUGAACAAAUAGCCAGAUAUGAUGAGAAAGGUGAGCUUCUUCAGGUUCGCAGAUAUGAACAUCACCACCAUAACUACUUUUUGGCUGAUUGCAUUGUCUAUACAGAGACUUUUCUACCUUUCCCCACCAACCCAGAAAGCAACCAAGUGAAGAUGGAAAAUAGCAUCACUCCUAAUCUUCAUUAG